GCUAUGUUCAGUCCAAACCAGCUGGCGCGAGAUUUGUUUGUAAACUUCGUCUUCGUUUGUUGACACGGUCCCACAAUAAUUACAUUUCACAGCUUUUAACGUCGUAGACAGUGAUCUCCUUCGUCUCAGUUUAAAAGAUCGCUGAAUGAAUGAUGGAUUCAGAUGUACGACCGGUUUCCAUGGUGAUGACUUGUGAUGACGCAGUGGAGAUGACAUUCGUGGAUGGAUCGAGGGUCCAGCUUUCUCCUUGUGGGUCAUGUUUUAUUUAUGAUCCACCUUCAAGCCAAGAAGUCUCGCAUUCCUAUCAGAGGAAAGAUUUGGGACCAAGCCAUCCUCUUUAUGCAUCCAACAGGAUACAGCAGAGGACAUGCUUUGUUACUAGCAUCUGCAGGUCAAAGGUCAAAGCUGCUCUUGAAUUUAGAAAUCGGUUUGCUUCGUGUCCUUUCCUUUGUGCUGCCACUACACAGGGAGAGAGUACAUUGGAAUUGUAUACCAACAUCACCCAAGUGGAAUGGUCCAAAUCAGAUAGAACAGGUACAUUCAGUCAGCUCCCUGACCAUUCUCUUGAGCUGACCUCGGUGGAUAGCCUUGCUACAAUGAUCCUUUCACCCAAUGGUCAAGACUUCUCAGUCAAGUAUCUCUGUAAGCUCCAACCUGAUGGUGAAAGACCACUGGACGUCCAUGCAGAGCCUGAUCAUCAAAUGGCACAAAGCUCAGAACUCUCUAGGGAUUACCAGGAAAGCCUUAGGUGUCACCAAAGGACCACAAGUGAUGUGAAACUCUGCCGAGACCAUGAUAGUGGAGGAUUCAUCUACCAAGGAGAAGGACAAGUCAUGCCGCACUGUCAGGUUCAUGGUUCUGACCCCAAGGUGGCACAAAGGAUAUCUCCAGAAGAUAGAGAUCUUUUAGUGACAGGCAGAAUGAGGUGCAAGUUCUGGUAUAUGUGGGUUAUACAGAACCACUCGGUUGCCCAUUGUCCAUGGUAUUGGAGGCUGCCUUUGAAUCUGUUGUUGAAUCACCAUGCAAGCCUUCAGAAGACACCAGAUGAAAGUACCACUUUUUCCAAAGGGAACGUUCCUGGUCCUAUGACAGACAAGCUUCGGAACCAGUCUAGUCCAGUACCACCAUCCCUACCCCUGAGAUGUGGUGAAAGUCACCUUCACAAGCAUCACUGGAGACCGAUCAGACAGGAGUGUACUAUAGAUGAUAGGGGUGAGGCUGAUACCCUUACCAUGUAUGGCAGAAAGGUCUCCGUUCUGGUCGUUGGAGGAGUGGUUUACAGGUUAUUCUGGAACCCUGUCCCAUCGAUGGAGAUAUAUCCCGGUAACGGAGAUGUGAUUUUGUCUUCUGACGAGAGGGGAUGUUACUUCCGUCUCCUCAAGGUUUGUCCCGGUGAUGGCGCCCUCAAGGAACUGAUGAUUUCCGUAUCCAAUCCUAUUCCUGAUCCUCCACAGUCAUCAUAUAGUAUUGCAGAUCUUGUGCAAAGAACUUCAAGGCUUCUACACUGUAUGUCAGUUCACCUGAGAACGGCUGGGGAUACAGGAUCAGGAGAUAUCUGCUGCUGGAAGAAACUUGAGCAAGAUGAUGCUUUAAACAGAACACCCAGCGUCCUUCUUGAAAAGAGCGUCAUCCCUUCUUUGGGUCAGCUGGAAGCGUAUGAAGGCGGUCUAAUCCGAGGCUUCUUCUAUGAUGGGGUUACCAUAGAAACAAAGCACAUUAGUCCAGUUCAGUUCAAUGCAGCAGGAGUGGACAUGGAGUACGGUAAGGAUGAAGAAUCUAUUUUCACUAUAGUGAUGGCUGAUGGUCUUCAUAAGAAAGUUACUUCACUAAACCCGGGAGUAUAUGUCAGACACAUCAAUGCUUUACUGGAGUGGAAAAGAUGGGUAUUUUUGAAUUGUGAAGGUAGAUUAGCACUGAUCAGAGACGAGAAAACCAAUCAAGAGAUAUCCAGUAAUGAGGUCCUGGCCGAACUUUCGCGGAUUCGGAACUUGACUUAUAUCAUAGAUGCCCACAAACCAGGACGAUAUCGGUCAGAAAAUCUGACCGAGAAUCGGAGAAAAAGUGAUUCAACACCUGUAGAACAUUUUCCAGAAAAUGAUCUCACUGAUCGGACACUUUCUCACUCCGACCGAACGCAUCACAGAGAUCCCAACCAUGAGGACAUUGAAAAAGCGUUACGUGAUACUGCAAUGACGUUAUCCGACAUAGAGAACUUACUUGGAAAUCGGUGAUUGUAACUCCUUGAGGAUUGCAGCCAGAGACGUGAACCAAUUGUUGAACAAUGACGUUAAGAGUCUCACUGAUUGGGUAUGUUUUUGCGAAAUGGAUGUUAUUCUGUAUUAAGCAUGAUUGAGUUGCCUGACAUGACAAUAAAAAGAAGCUUUUCAGGACGCUCUUUGAAGUGAAUGAUGAGGCUUUGAUUUCUCACCUCGCAUAACCAUGUUUACGUGAGUUUUUGUAGCAAAGCUAUCUAGUUUUCAAUCCUUCAUCACUUAGAUAACAUCUCAAGAACUCUGUUUAUCCGCAGAUUGACGUCAUCCGUACAAGAAUUAAUCAUCAAUUGUUCUCGAUGUCACUCGGAAGUGUCAUGAUAUGAUGCCAUAACAAAAUAAACUCCAUCUUAUAGAAUUUCUGAGAUUCUGUAACGAUCACUUGACACUAACCUAAUUCUCCAUGCACCCUGACAGUUUUAUCUUGGAUAUAUUUCUCAAGUGAAAAGUGAUGUUUUGCAAUCCUGAACCUUCUUCACAUUGCCAUAUUCUGUUUCUGUUUCUAUUCAUUGAUAAGCAACUUAUUAUUUAAUUAGUAUAUACGUUAUACCCUUUUUGUGUCUUGGGGGUAAUUUGUGAAAAUUUUCUUGGCAGAGAGAGAAAGUCACACGGAACAUUAACUUAUUGUAUCUAGGGGCAGUACGGGGGGGGGGGCUGAUCACGACUGCCGCAAAUUUGUUUUCCUUUCAAUAAUCUUUAAAAAAAAACAGAGGGGGAAAAAAAAGAGAAAUAGAGAAGGGGGAAAAGGGACAGUUAUGUUGGGCCGGUGAGUCAUGUCUUGGAACCUCUUGUGUAUUUUCUACCCAUAUUGAUAUUAAGCUUGUCUUGCCCCACCCCGCCUCCACUUAAUCUCCUUGGUCAGUCCUUGUUUCAUAGAAGUAUUGUUGUAUUGCCUGUCUAAAGUAUCGCGUGUUUUACAUUUUAUCAAAUUGUGUAAAUGAUACUAUCAUGCCAAAUGUUUUUAUUACCAUGCCAGCCUUCAAAUACGACAAAUUCUAAUUGACCGUUUCUUUGUCCCCAUUCUCAAUUUGAAUGAAUAAAAUAUUAAGCGCGUUUAAAUUCUUUUAUUUUUGCUUAAUAAAGGUUAGUAUAAUGCCUUGUGACGUUCGUGGAAGAUUUACUCCAGAUUAAUUGCCUGAGAAUUGGUUUUUAUAAUCUUCUAUGUCUAAAUGAGAAAAAAAUUAACAAUCGUCGGGAUCCUACUGUUUAUUUUGUCCAAAUGAUCCAAAUUCACAUAGAGUUACAAAAGUUUUCACACAACAUGCGAUUUGUUAUCUUCAUUAAACAGUUAUUUCAACCUUUGAAAAUAAAUAUUUCAAAGACUUAUUGUUUAAUAAUAACUAAAUAUUUGCUUUUAAAGGAAAUGAAUAAGAACUAUAAAGGUAGAUUCUUCUAAACAUAUUACUUUGAAACUCUUUCAUAACACACUUGAAAAAGGGAUUUCAUAAGCAAUUGCGCAGAUCAUUUACUUUCAAAUGCCUUUGAGUACAGUUCUUUAUUUCGUGGUAUAUUAUCUGAUAACGAAUGACAUCACUUCCCCUACAAGGCAAUCUGAUACUUGAAUUGGUAAUACAAUUUACAUGCGAUAUUAUCUCCGAAUGUCAAGGAGGUUUAUGUUACAAUCUUGUGAUUUGACAGAAACUCGAAGACGCGAUUAUUCGUUAAAAAUAACACGUAAUACUUACCUAUUGAGAUUAACCCUAAAUAGAAUGGGCUAUUUCAAUGCCUAUAAAAUGGGCCGGGAGGGAGGGGCUGACUCGCAUUUAUGACGUCGAUCAUGCGAUCGCGGCGAAAAUUUGCGCGUGCGUUACUCAUGGCAUAAUCUAAAAAACUAUAUGAGAUCAAAUUAUGCGAAAAAUCUCAUUGCUAAUUAAUUGUGCUUAUUAUGCGUUAAAUCAAUGGUUUUCUCUAACCAAAUAAUGCUCCUAGAAUACUAAUUUUUUGUUCACAGACACUUUAUAGAAAUCUGAUCAAGUGAACUAGAAAAAAAGGGCAACAUCACAUUUAUUUUCUCAUGUAUUUUAAUGUUUGCUAAAUUU